GUCUCGACCACGAACAACCUACCUAGUCCACCGUACUUUCCUUCAUGACGGUCGACUCGAGCGACCCCACCAUCUCUAUACCCAUUGGCAUCACUAUCGGUCUUCUCGCGUCCUUCAUUCAAUCCCUCGGUCUCACAAUCCAGCGUAAGAGCCAUGUACUGAAUCAAGCCCUGCCGGAGCAGCAGCAGAAGGUCGAGCACCGCAGACCGCUGUGGCUACUUGGCUUCGCCAUCUUCCUCUCCUCCAACCUCUUCGGCUCUCUGGUACAGAUCGCCUCCUUGCCCGUGGUCAUACUGGCCCCGCUUGGCGCAGUCUCUCUCCUUUGGAAUGCCUUCUUUGCCCGGCUCCUCCUCGGCGACGUCUUCUCCCCAUGGAUGAUUCUUGGCACUCUAUUAAUCGCCGGCGGCGCCAUCCUCAUCGCUGUUUUCGGCAUUGUACCCGAACCGACACACUCCAUCGAAGACUUGCUGCGCCUGUUUGAUCGUCCUGCGUUCAUAGCGUACUUCUCGUUGCUUGGCUUCGUCGGAUCAGUCUGGCUGGCAACUGCCCAUGCAGUGGAAUAUUACUAUUAUCGUCGGUACAAGCCGGUGGACAUCAGCCCUCCCCUGUCUCCCCUCCUAGUACCUAAUGCCGCACCCUCCAUCUUGACUACGGCUACCACUGCGAACCAUGCGCUCGACCCGACGUCUCCUACCGAACGUACACCGCUCAUUGAUCGCAAGCCCCAACCUCGCUCCAAAACUCCUUCUCCAUCACCUCCUGGUUCCGUGGUCUCCAUGAUUGCUAGCCCUCUUUCCUAUGCAUCGCGGUCUCCGCGCACACCUCUCUUUCUCGCCGCUUCUUAUGCGUCUAUCUCGGGAAUCAUCUCUGGGAUGUGCCUAAUCUUCGCCAAGAGCGGUGUAGAGCUGCUGCUACUCACUCUCGGAGGUGACAACCAAUUCUGGAGGUGGCAGGCGUGGGUUCUGCUGCUUAGCUUGAUCGUCUUCGCCCUUUUGCAGCUGUGGUACAUGCACAAGGGCUUGAUACUCGCGGAUCCCACCUUAGUCUGCCCACUGGCAUUCUGCUUCUACAACCUAUCUUCCAUCGUUAAUGGUCUGAUAUAUUUCGAUCAGUUCUCGUUGUUGUCCACCACGCACCUACUGCUUGUUCUCCUCGGCAUCGUCGUGCUCCUCGCGGGAGUCUAUGUUAUCAGCUUCCCGCCCGAGGGCGGCCGAGGCGUCGACAUUGGCACCUGGACCGAAGAAGAAUCAGCCACAGAGCUCGUCAACACGGGCGAAGAGAGCGACAUCGAGGCUCAGGACGUUGAGAUCUACGAGGACGAGCCCCUCCCAAUGGGGAACGAGGAACGCCCAGGAUCCCCGCGCGGCCGCACACAAACGCACGGGCUGGGGCUACAGGUCAUCACCGAACCGCCCGCCCCCAUCGUAGCCCCUCAGCUCUCGCCACGCCCACCGAGCCCCAGCCCACGCUCAUGCGUACGCAGCCCUCUAUCUUCGCGCGGACACGGCCGGCAACAGACCGACUCCGCAUUGCUUACAUCCACCUCGCGACACUCGCGCUCGUCCUACACCGCGAGCACAGGCGGCCCUGCGGGCGGUGAUGCCACCGCCACGUCUGACGCGCACGCCAGCCCUGGCACCGCCGCUCGCCGGCGGCGGCGGACCACGCUCGAGCCAGGGUCGUCGCUCAGCCCGAACGCGCAGCAUCCGCUCUCGCCCAGCGCGUCCGCCCUGGGCGGCUUCUCCAUCGGGUUGUCCCCGAUAAGCCCCGGGUUCUCCAUCGUGCCCCGCGAGCGGCGGAGGCGCCCGAGCGCGCUGCCCGCGGUUGGCUCGGGGUUGGCGAACAGCGUGCAUGGCGGUUAUGGCGCUGCUGAUGUGCCCGCGAGCCCGACGCCGCUUCCGCGCGGCGCUGGGGGGGCCAAUGGGGGCGACGCGCAGACCGCCCUGGGGGCGGGCGCGCGACGAGUGCCUUUUGGAGUUGGGUGGAGGAUGCGCCGCGUCGUUAGUGAGGGGGAUGCAGAGGGGCAGAGGCGAGGGCAUGCUGCUGCUCCUGCGGGUCAGAUAGAGGGGCUGCCGGAGGGCACCGACCGGGAUUUGGAGUGGGAUGCUGAGCGGGGGGGCGCGGGGACGGCACAGGAGGAGGAGCAGGGCUCUGGGGGCGCCGGACGCCGGGCGAAGGCAAGGUGGAAAUGGCUGCAGACCGUUGCGGAACGCGUCGUAGGUGGUGGGGGCCAGGAUUCGGGAUGAGGGAGACGGACGCGGCGCCGCGGCGGUAGCAGCUUGCUGUAGUGACGGCUGGACAUUUUCUUGAGACUAGCACUCACUUGCAUAUACGAUACCAAACUACGGUUCCCGCAGGCGACAACUGGACCCUGAGGUGGAGAUAAGUACGAGACAUGCUCGCUCACCGUUUUGUGCUGUGUGCGGGCGGAUGUUGACGUCUGAGUGCUAGCAGGUUCUGGAGGUCCACAUCAGUGGCUAAUAUAUCACUCCACAGGUUCUGUGCUCUGUAGCCUUUCCAUCAGCAAAUCGGCUGAGAAAGUGCAGGUGGAGCCGUUGCUGUUGCC